GUGAUUCGAUUCCACGAUCCGUGAAUGAGAGUCUGUAACCUAACUGAAUUCGUGGGGUGGGCUCUUGGGAGUUGAGAUAGAGAGGUCUAUUUCUGCACCACGCUGUCUGUUGUCGUCAUCGCUAUUGUCUUUUCUUUUUUUUUGCUUUUGCUACCAUUAAAGAAAUAGAUUAGGGUGAAUGUAACUCUAGUGCCGACUAAACACUAAUACAUGGAGGAGAGAAGCGUUGUAAUCGAGCGUGGUGUCAACCUGAUUAAGUGCUGCAAAGUACCACGUUUAACCCGCAGCCUGGAUGAUGCACAACUACAACCGGCAACAUUUCAAACUUUUGUGACCGUUUUAAACGACACAUUGCCCAAAAUAUUUGAUAUGAUCUCUCAAUACCAGGAGCAGUUACUCACGCACGAUGAAUUCAAUCAGGAGAAUCUGGAAUUUCGGAGUACGUUAGUUCUUGUUGUUAUGGAACAACUAUCCGAAUCUGGAGAAAUGUACCACUUCUUCCAAACAGAACAUCACUCGCUCAGGGAGCAGAUUUCUCGCAUAUACGAUCAAGGUAUGAUGCACCACCUUAUUACAGGUAGUGAGGGCGACCCAGUGCGGAAACGACUCUUGGAACAUUAUCAACAAGUUCUAUCCGGCAAAGAGUGGCUGUUCCACCCAGCAGAUGUACUUAGCUUCGUUCGAAUUUGCGAAUUUUUGUACCGAAACUUUUCGGUAACUGCAAUCGAAUUGCCGCAGACAGUUGCAUCUUUCGUUCUUUCGGUUGGAAUAUCCCUUGCCGAAUAUUAUGAUCCAGACUAUGAACUUCUUGGACUACGGUUAUUUAAUGCAUUACUAAAUGUCUCGUACAGUGCGAUGCUGAAAGAAUCAAACAUUCAUGAGGUGGUGUUCCAAAAUUCCUUUAAGCUAAAUGCUAAAUCAAAGACUGAAUCAUUUUUAAAGGAACUUUGGCGGUGCCAUUAUCAGUAUAUCAAAAUUGCACAAGCUGGAAAAAUCAAUUUCAGUGAGUGGUCUGCAAUCGACGAUGUGAUGGAGGCGUUGCUAGAUGCUUUGGCUUUUGAACAGAAUCUAUCUCUUUCAUCAAUACUCCUACUGUACCUAUUGAAGUUGCUAACAAUUGAUCUACCUGAUUUUUUGAUCGAUGAUUUAGACGAUAUACAAGCCAUAGGCAGUAGGUGCCAUCUGUAUGAACCGGUACUAGAGCAACUAAGAAAGUAUUGCUCACUAGAGUUUCACAACAGACGUUUUUACCGAUGGCAUCGGAGGAUGGUUUCAAUGCUUCCGUUUGAGUUGGAAAAGUCUUGCGGAAUUAGUCGGGAUCAUGGAAAAUAUAUGCACGGCGUUAAUCUACUCUUUGUAUUAGUUGUAUUUCCCAUCGAAUCAGAAGCAGUCGGACAAUUACUUGGUAUGCAGACUGCAUUAUUGGAUUUCAUUAUAGCCUUCAAACGGCAUAUGCGCGAACAAUAUGCCAGGAUACAAGCAUUGACGGGAAAAUGUGAUUUCUUAUAUUCACUAAAGGCAUCAGUAUCAUGUGAUAAGUCAGUGGCCAUCUUCGCCAGGAACGUUGCUACAAAAUAUUUUGAUAAAAAGUCGGAAUUUUGGAAAGUAAUCGGUGUGACCGAGACAGAAGAUUCAUAUCAGGAGGAUAGAAUUUUCUACGAGUGCUUGAAGGAAUUACAAAACAGAUGCUAGUAGCUGCCAAGAUUAAUUCAAUAAAGUUUGAGUUUUACCCAAAUUAGCGUUGGAUAAUAUGCCGAAAUGUUUACUGAUCAUUCAACGAAA